AUGCAGAGAAACCCAGCUGCUCCUUUCCUUGCCAUUCAGACCUUCGAGAGCAGCCCUGGAGGCCACUCGCCUAGCAGCAGUGAAAGUUCUCUGCCAGGAAGUGCCAACAACAAUGACAGUGGCGUGGAGAUGAAUGCCAAUGGCGGGGGCAGCUCCGAGGAUCUGACCAACGUCGAAGACGCUGCCUCGGUAGACUCCACGGCCCGGAUGCCUGAUGCCAGGCUGAGGAGGAAUGUCACGGCACUCCAGCGACUGGCCAACCUGAAAAUCGGGAAACUGAGGCAAAGCCGUAAAGGCACAGCUGCAUCGCGAGGGCUGAAGCUCCCCUCCAUACAAGGCAGCGGUUCACUUGGACAAAGCUCCGUGAGUGAGCUCUCCACUCUGCCUUGUCACCGGAUCGUGAACACAGCAGGCUGGAGCCCCCUGCUGGAGCGGCGAGGUAGCACCAACAGCACCAUCAGCUCCGCCUACACUGUCAGCCGCCGCUCAUCGGUUGUAACUCCUUACCUGCCGAGUCGACGGUCCAGCGAUAGCUCCCUGCUCGGGGCCCAUGCUAAUGACGGCACAUCCUCCGCGGGCUACCCUCCCACCUCUCCUGAUGCCUUGCAGAGAUAUGGCGAGAUGGCACCGUCUGCCACCUGCCCAGCCCUGCCCAACCUCUCGCCAGCGCAGCUAUACCACCUCAAAACCAAGUACGCCGCUGCCACUGGUGGCCCACCACCCACCCCGUUAGUGACUGCGGAACACGCGGGCAUGAACGCCAGGCCUGCACACGCCAGGGAUCACACCAACCUUGCCCUGUUCCCACCUGAUGGACUGGAGUGCCCGAACAGUGGGGGAGGAGGCUCCUGUGGCUACGGGGCAGGGGUGCUGAAAGCCCCUGAGAUGCCUGGCAUCAGUAAACCCGUGGCUGAGACCCAGUUGGUGCCCAAAGUGCCACGGCUCCACAACCUUCACCACAUGCAUCCAGUGGCAAGGCGGCACUGCCAACUGCAGCAUUCUUCAGGUUCCACCUCCAACCUCUGUGGGCACAUCCAUUCGCCUCGGCCACCCAGCAUUACUGAAAAUGUCGCCAUGGAGACCUUCGCCAUGGAUACAUCCCAUCCAGCCAGCGUGGGGUUACCUGAUGACAUGGCACUCUAUAGUAACUAUCCAGAGGCAAACAUGGCUCCCUUAAAUCACCUUUACCCCAACCAAGCGCCCAGGUCUCACAGCGACAUGGACUUUCCCAGCCGGAAUCUCUCUGCUAACUCCAACGGAAAUCUGGAAGCCACACAGAGCUCUUUCAACCAGGGCUUAAUGGCCAGAAACACGUCACUCCAACCCUACAAUGGCCGUCAGUGUCCAAUGAAUCAAUACGACACACCAUUCCCGAACCAGGAAUGUUUGGAGGCAAACAACAUGCCCAUCCAGUGGAAUGAGGUAAGCACGGGAAGUAUGGAUAUUGCUGAGAUUCCGAACGCCCGCAGUGUCCAGCAAAACCUUUCCCAUCCCAAUCCGUGCCUGAGGCAGGUCCACCUGAACCCACAGUCAUCCCAAACCCCCAUGAUGCUCAGCCAGGAUCAUUUGGACAUGCCCCUGAAUCCCCAGGAUGUGUUGACCGCACACCAGAGGAUGCCCACCGAGUAUCAGCAGCCAAUGAAACCUACCUUGCCAUUCCAGCAGUCAGCGCCAAUGUUAAACCCGUACCAAAACCCAAAGCAGCUGUUUGCAGCCCAAGUGAAUUACAACCAGUCCAGGCAUGCACUGCCCAGUCCACAUGGCGUGAGCCAGGAACAGACUGCCAACUUGCGCCAUCCAGACUCUGCUGCAGCCUUGGGCAUCAGGCAGCUCUGCCCCCCGUUGGAGGAAGACAGAUGGACUGGGGCCCACACACCAAUGCUACAAGUGAAGGAGAUGAUGGUGAGGAACUACAUCCAAUCCCAGCAAGCCCUCAUGUGGGGCCAACCGGCAAAGGGUGCCAGUGCGGAAACACCGAUGCCCGUCAAUAUGGACAGGUCAGACAUCAGUCUAUGCCCAACCAUGCACAGCUCUUCUCCAAACAGCUGCCAAACUCAAAGUCCACCACACAUGGCUUUAAGGUACACCAAUUGCCAAAGCCAGCCGAAUUUGUUAAGUCCUCCAACUGCAGUCCAAGCAAAGAUGCCAGUCAGUGCGGGAGCUCAGUGUUUCAGUCCAAGGAUGGUGCCUCACCCUCCUGCAGCACAGAAGCUCCGAGGCAGACAGCACAGCCUUCAGCCCCCACAGCAGCUCCAGUACCCGCUCGCUCCAACCCAUACGAACCCUGCUCACAAAGCAGCCGCUCCCACAAACCCAGCUCAGCCAAGCUGCCUGGCUCCAGGAGCUUGUCGCCAAGGCCAGUUGCAAGGUGGUCACUUGUUCUUCUCUGACCUCAAGCAACACGGGAAGUCUCAAAUGGGCAACCCCGUGCCAAUGCAUUUGCCACCAAGCGACUGUACUCUCCAGCCUCAGGCGGUGAUGCCCAGCAUGGAGCCCAACCUGAUGUCGAGUACCCUCGACUCUUUGGACCUGGCGAAUACGCAGAUCAAUUUUGGAGCAAUUUUGGAUGAGGGACAGCAGCCUUCCUUGGUACCAGACUCUUUAAGUCCCAACAUUGUCCACAACCCCUCUCAAGUAUCCUCUUGUCUUAUGGCUCCGUGGAACGCGCUGACAUUGCAAACAGGAAGGUCCAACAUGGCAGUCGCUGACAUGAAUUCCAUGCUGACAACCUUGGCAGGAGAAAGCAAGUUCCUCAACACCCUCUCGGAGUGAGAGGCAAAUUCGAAGACCUGCCGAACAGUGAGCCCUGGCUGGUGAAAGCACAGAGUAAACCGACAAACUGUACAUUCCCACUUUAACCAUCUGCCCAGCUGGUGAAACGGAAACCAGUCCAAACUGUUCCUUGCCUCACAGACAUAACCCCAUAACUAAACAGGAAGCGAUUUCCCAAGCCCUGGUCACUUCCACCUGUCCAAGCCAUGCGCUGGUGCUGAGUAAGUGAGGGAUGGAAUAUCCCAGAGAGCACCCCAGGAUGACAGAGACUUCCAGAUCCGAUCAACAUGAAGCAGACAAAAAAAUGCGCACUCAUUCUGUUCCGUCUUGCCACAGUUUUCUAAAAAGCAUAUAUUUUUCCACUUCUACAGAUUGAUAGAACACAAUCGCUCAGUUCCAAUGUAAAACCCAAAGUCACAAGCUGAAUCAAGUGGCAGUUCGGCAGCACUUCAUCAGCACGCUUAGAUUUGACUUGUUAAAACUGUCUGCCAAAAAUAAAUCAAUUUAA